GCUCAGUCUUUUGAGGAGAGGAGCUCUGCUGACAGGUUUUGUUGUCAGGGACCAUGAGAGGUGCACAUUUGCUACACUUGACCCUUCUCAUCAGCAUUGCUCAUGGGCUUGGUCUGGAGGACAAAAUGGGGCCAUUAGGACAUCUAGUUUUAGAUGUGCCAGAGGCUACACCUGUGCCCUAUGCCAUUUACCAGUUUACAUCUGCAGUGGAAGUUGUUUCAUCAUACCAUGUAAGCGGAGAGACUGAAGGAAAGAUCAGUGUCUCUUCAGACGGCUGGCUAUUCCUGGAGCAUCCUCUGGAAUGGAGUCCUGAGAAAAACCACCAUCUAGAUAUUGAAGCACGUUCAGCAGAUGGUGAAACCCUUGAUGGGCCUUAUUCAGUUGUGUUGCAAGUUGUUGAUGUCAACAACAAUCCCCCUGUCUUUAGUGAGAAUCAGUACAGUGGCCGUGUUAGAGAGCAUUCACCUGCAGGAGUUCCAUUCAUGCAGGCGUUUGCUACCGACGCAGAUGAUCCCAACACAUUAAAUGCCCAACUGAGAUUCAGCAUUGUGAACCAAAUCCCCAAUCCUGGAAAAGUUUUUUACUUUGGCAUUAACCCGGACAAUGCAGAGAUCUUUAUAACAGAGGAAGGAGCAGAAUUUCUAAGGGCCAGGCCCACCGUAAGGUACAGCCGCGGGGAGGUCCAUGGCAGUCCUGAAGUCCUGAAAAAGAAGUUUGAGGACUACUGUAUCCCAAGGAACAACAUACCUCUGGAGAACAACCCCUUUUACACAUGCAUCGAACGUGCUGAAAGACGAGAAGUGAAUCUUCUUCAAGAUCCAGACUAUGCGCUGAUUGUUCGUGCAGAGGAUUUAGGAGGUGGAGCUCCAAACGCUCUGAGCAGCACGACACGGGUCAACAUAGCUAUCAUUCAAAACCUCUGGGUCAGCCCUGGACCAAUCACCAUCAGAGAAAAUUUGGAAGAGGAAUACCCUAUGUAUCUUACCACAGUGCGUGCCAAUGAUCCCACUGCAUUGUACAGGCUGGUACAGAAAGAAAGACUUUCCUUCCCCUUCACCAUCAAUCAAAAUGGAGAAAUCUAUGUUACCGCUCCUCUGGAUAGAGAAGAGAAAAAUAUGUACACAUUGGUGGUCAUGGCAGAAGAUGAACAGGGUGUUGAGCUGGAAAAACCCAUGGAGAUUCAUGUGCGAGUGGAGGAUGAGAAUGAUAACUCUCCUGUGUGUGAUGAAGCUGUGUUUGAGGUGCAAGAGAAUGAGCCCAUAGGUAAUCCAAUUGGUGUUCUGCCUGCUCAUGAUAGUGAUGAGGAAGGCACACUGAACUCAUUUUUAGACUACACACUCCUGAGCCAGACACCUCCCAAGCCAUUUGGAAAAAUGUUCACCAUCAACCAAGACAAUGGCGAAAUCAAAGUGGCAAACAAAUACUUCCAAAGGAAAGAAGUGCCUCAGUAUGUGCUGACCUUUAGUGUGACUGACGGAGUUCAUACCACGGAAUGUAAAGCAAUUAUCAAGGUCAUCGACAUCAAUAAUGAGAUCCCUGUCUUCGAGAAAAAAGAUUAUGGGACCCACAGUGUUCCUGAACUGGCUGAAGUGGGAACCACUUUGCUCACCAUCAAAGCCACAGAUGCAGAUGACCCAGGAACAGGAAGCUCUAAAGUGGAGUAUCACAUCACUGCUGGAGACCCACAUAACCUCUUUGCCAUUGAGGUUAAUGAAGCCACUGGAGAGGGCAGAGUCUACAUCGCUCGGCCACUGGAUUACGAGCUCCAGAACGUCUUCAACCUUCAGAUUGAUGCCCGUAAUCCCGAGCCCCUGAUCGAAGGAGUGGAGUAUAAUGAAAAUGCCACCACAUUUGUUGUCAUUCAGCUGGUGGACGUGGACGAGCUUCCAGAGUUUGAAGCGGACACUCUUAAUGUCAAUGUUCCAGAAAACAUCACGGUUGGAACCAUUAUCAUGACAGCUGAAGCCAAGGAUCCAGAGGGAAAGACUAUCAAGUUUAAGAUGGAAGGAGAUGAACAUAAUUGGUUAGAGCUGGAUGCUGACUCUGGAGAGCUGAAGACUAAAGCUGCUCUGGACAGAGAGACGGUGGAGCAGAUCUCUCUCACAAUUAUUGCUUAUGAGACAGAGGGAGAUAAGCAGGAGGCUAAGAUGAAGGUGACUAUUCAUCUGCUGGAUGUGAAUGACAACUACCCUAAACUGCAGAAGACACAGGGCUUCAUCUGCAUCCAGGAUAUGACCCCCUUGACACUCACUGCAGUAGAUAAGGACGCCGACCCCUACGGAGAGCCUUUCACCUUCUCCAUUAACCGCAAGUCACCAAACUUUGAGAUCAAACCUCUGGAUGGAACCUCGGUGCAGCUGAUUUUGAAGAAGAAGCCCUCAAGUGAUCUGAACGCCACUGUUCCCAUCAACAUCAAAGACAACGCUGGGAUGGGUAUCACUCAAAAGUUUGAUGUGCGUAUAUGUAACUGCACUAAAUUGGGCUACUGUUACAUCGAGCCAGGAGCUCACAGCUGGAAGCUGGGCAUGAGCGGCACCAUCGGCAUCCUGGCAGGAAUAUUCGGCUUCCUCAUUCUGUUCCUGAUCAUUAUUUUCUACCGAAUCAAGAAGAAUGGUCAGCAGAGUGCAGCAGCUCCUGAAGAGACUAAAGCAAUGAUCUAGAGUCCGAAUAACAUUAUUCGGAACACAACCCAGGCAAACUGACAUCCAUGACCCUCAACACACAAACCCCUUUAUUUUGUAAAGUCGUUGUGCAUUUUAAAACACACUUUUUAUUAUUAUUAAAAUUUCAUGUUCAAGAUUUGCAUCUUCUGACAGUUUUAACAGUAACUUAUUCACUAUGUGGCCUGGCAGAUAUAUUAAAUAUUUUAUAUUUAAAUGCUAUAGAUAUUUGACCUAAAUUUAGAUUUUUUUCUAUGUGUUGGCCCCCUAGUAUUUAAAGGGAACACAAAAGGUGUUUUCUUGGAAUUUUAAAUAUAUACUUUGUUGUAUAUCUUUAGUACAAAGUACUGAAGUACACAGUACUUUGAGACAUGAAUAUACAGCAUGUUGUCAUAUUUCAUAUGGAUUAAACCAAUAAAAAAUGUAAAUGUAAUGUGUUAUAUUUAUUCCCUAUUAUCCAAGAAUCAACUAAAAUGUGUAAAAAAAAUCUUUCCAUGUGAUAUUUCAUGUUUUUGACUUUUCUCCUAGAGAAUGUCUUGUGCAGGUCAAAGGUCAGGUUCUAUGAAAUGCCCUUCAAUUCUGCAGUGUAAUUCAAUCAGUGAAGAAGGCAUACAAAUCACAGAAUGACAGCAUUUCUGGCUAUUUGACUUGUAGAAAACUGAAAUUGUUCAUUCUGUAAAUAAACUUCUACUUU